ACUCAAUCACAUGAGCAUCAGGUGGUGUUGUGUUCUGUUCGAAUGGAAGAGUGACCGCUCAUCUUCACCUGUCUUUUCAUUAUUGUCUCUACAUCUGCUUCGCGCAUUGGAUUCCCUCACUUGCAUGGACAAUAUGCAAAUCAUAUCACUAUCUUGGCCGGACGAUGAGAAACACCAGCACCGGAGAAGAAGAGUAUGAGGGCGGAGAUGAAGAAGCAGAGGGAUAAGCUCUCUCAAGGAGGGGUAUUCUCGCUUCUUCUUUCGAUGGGCAUUUUGGGAACUGAAAUAUCUGGAACUAGAAAACUAACUUUCUGCUGGAUCAAAGGAAACUCUACCUGUGCUAAGUUCAAUUUCGUGGACUGGUGUCAAUUCCCACUCCAUUGUACAGUUGAUUUUUAACUUAUUGAACUUUUAAUGUAAUGUAUGGGUGAAUACCCCUUGUACUCUUUUAUUAAUAACACUUUUGAUUCAUC